AUGAAUUGCUCCGCGGUUGCAUUCGCUGUGCUAUUUUUAUCUCUGAGAUGCUAUUGCGAAAAACUGGACCUAAACUCGGACCUUACUGUACCUUUCAAUGUAAUUGAGAAUAGAGAGGAUAAGACAACGAACGAUGGAAAUCAGUUAAGAUCGCUUCAUGGGGGAAUAAAGGCAAUGAGCAAGAGAAAUGUGAACUGUGGAGACGGCGAAAUGUAUUGCAUGGAUGGUCAGACAUGCUGCCUCAGUGAUUCAGGGGGCUUUGGCUGUUGUCCUGUUCCAAAUGCGAUCUGCUGCAGUAAUGGAGUUCAUUGCUGCCCUCAAGGUUAUAUUUGUGACUAUGGUAGUGGGGGUUGCAGAAAGAGCUGA